GCGAUCAGAUGGGUGAUGGCGAUGGCAAAGGAUCUGGAACCUGAUUUUUACCUAAAGUGGAAGCAUUGUGAGACACCGGGUGUUAAGACUCUAUGCAACUUGAGGAAACUCCUGUCCCAAAUCCAGAGGGACCACAGGAAGGACAUCUAUGUGUACACAUCAGGACACCUGAACCCCAAGACGCUCUACAAGCCACCAGAGAUCAUUUUCCAGCACUGGCGCAAUGCAAACAGGUCAUGGGAGAAACCCACCACUUCCGCACCCCCGGUCUCUGUCUCCAGAAACAAGCAUGUAGCAGAGAUGAAGGACGCUUGGGUCCGCUUUACAGUGAACACAGCCCUGCAUCCCAAUGACAUUCGGAAUACGCCGCUGUUCAGGUACCUGAACCCGCAGGUGCAGUCCUCCCUUGCCCUCGAAGGGGACUCCUCCACGAUUCCACAGAAAGACGGGGAAGAGGAACUACAGGAAAGACACGUGUUUUCUCGGGAAACACACAUGAAGGAAGAGCUCAGGCUGCCCGAAGUGAAAGUACUCAGAUACCCAGAGGCGGUAUCCAGCCGCCAGUGCUCCAGGUCCGCCCCAGGCAGGGACGUGUAUCAGUACGUCAACUCCUACCUAGCUGGUAUAACAAAAUCGGACAGAUACAAGAAGUUCCUGAGUUUCCAAAAAGAAGUGCUGGUAAAAGAUGAUCUCCUGAAGUAUGACUUUACAGGCAGUAAGGUGGCUGUGAACCACGAGAACAGACUGAAGGAGGAGCUCCAGAAGAUAUGCACCUGCAACCCCCAGCAGUUCAACAGGUUGCAGGUCUUUGGGGAAAUCUUUGAGGAUAUUUGCAACAGCUCUUUGAUCUUCGGGGAUCUCCUGAAAGAGGUUAAGGAUGAAUAUGAACUCUACAUGGCAGCUCUCCUGGAUUCACAGCCCACUGCACAGUAUCAGCGGCUCCUGGCUGAAGUCAAGGGGUUGGAGAAGAGCCCUGUGCACAGCAGCGACAUUGCUCAAGCCAAGGAGCGUCUGAGGAAGCUCCAGCAUGCUGCCCUGGCAGCUCUGGAGCACAAUGACAGACUCAGAAAUGAGCUGGAGGCCGAGAGCUUAUUGCUCCAGUCUGCUAAGGAGAAGGCAGAAUUCUCUCGUAGGAAAAUACAGGACGAGAAACAACUCACUCUGAUCGAAAGGGUGGAGAAGAGGAGAUGUGAGAUCUUUGAAAAAUGGGAUGAGAUUAAAGCGCUUGAGAAACAGAUCAAAGAAACUCUGGUGCACACAAGAGUGACGGAUAUCACUGAAAACGGCAUUAAAAGCAUGGAGAACGAAGCUGUAAAGUUGGAAACAACAAACAGAAUCUUAAAGAAGAAAAUAAAAGUUAUUGAAAGCCAUUUGAAGCAGCUCCUAAAAAGGAAUAAGAUCAGCGAAGAGGAAAGACAGAUUCUGUGGGAUCUCAUUAGGGAACAUUCAGAUAUUGGGGAUGUCGAGGACGACUCUGAAAUGCUUGGAAAAAUGACAUAGAAAGUCUCUACCUCCCAGCCCACCACCCAGAUGGGGUGAUGGAGAUGUUUCUUCUUGUCAUCCUUCCCACUGAUUACAUCAGUGUGGGGUGUGCACCGUCCUCAGUAUGUUGACAGACAUGUUCUCCAUUGUGAUUCGUUUGACUUUAUAUGUGCGUACCGGUCCUUAGUUCAUCUUUUAUUCAGUAACUUUCAACUGGAUGAAACAUUUGAAUAUUUAAUAAAAAUGAAAAUUUAA